AGUGAUAAUGGUGUCAGUUACUGUGAGUUUCCUCUGGUCUAGCACUGACAGCUUGGGUCAGUAAGAAAAGUAAUAACACUAGUACAGUUUGAAAAAUUCAGCAGUUGAGACUUUACAACGGGUCAAUAGAAUGGUGGGGGAGGGGUGAGGAAAAUUUUGAUCUUCCAGGACACUUUUUGUUGUUUAUCAACAUUUUCUUUCUCUCUUUAUGUUAUUAAUAUUGAUCUGGUAAUAUUGAUCUUUUCCAUGCAAUUUGGUGAUAUUUUUACGUGGUCCAGAUGAGUGAGUCACCAUUUCAAGAGGAAGCCAAAUCUGCUCAGGAAAAUGGAAAAGACAACAAAGAAAAGAAAGAGGAUUCAACUGAAGAGACAGAGCCUAUUAAGGGCUCACAGAGUUUACCAGAUGUUUCUGCAACAGAGACCAGCAACCAUGUGGCAGAAGAAGCAACAGAUGAAAUAAAAUCUCAAGAAUCAAAGCUGGUGAGACAGCCAGAAAUUCCAACUAGUUCAACAAAGGACGCUAUCCCUGAAGUCUCAGGGAAUGAUGUGAUUAGAAAACCUGAAAAAGUGAUUUUUUCUUUAGAUGAAACUAAACCAAAAUCAAAGCUAGAACAACCAUGGAGGAAAAAUCUUUUGGAAAGAGUGGAGGCGAGUGCCCGGAAAAUACAGCAGAAAAUAAUAGAUAAAGAUAAUCUAAAGAAGGAACUAGAAAAAAAGUCUGAAAAAAAACUCCCUAAGGAUAAUUUAGCCCAACAGUGGUUUGAUACUGAAACUACGACACUGAAAACUCGUGCAUAUUUGCUGGACAAACUUCUUCCCACCUUAGUUCCUGGAGUGGAAAAAAUGUUAAUGCAAUUAGAAAAGAAAAAGAUUUUGACAGAAGCUGAUACUCCAACCAAGUUUGAUCCAAUUAAUUAUUUGGGAGAAUAUUUAAUGAGAAACAAUCCUUCUUAUGUCAAAGCUCCAAAAAUGUCUGGUUACCAGAGGGUGAUGAGAGAUGUCACAGAAGAACUGAAGGUGUAUGUUCCUGACACUAUUUGCUACAGAGUAUCUAAGAUGAAGGAGAAUGUUACACAGAAAAGAGAACAAAGAGUCCACAUAAACACAAUCAAAGUCAAGGUGGCCAGCGUGCGGAAACAGGCUCUGCAGGAACAAUUUGAUGAAUGGAUUCUAGACCCUAGAGGAAUGAUUCCUACCAUAGUGAUUCAAAAUGUUCUUCAUGAAUUUUUCCAAAAGCCAGAAUUCGAGCUUGAAUCACAUUGCAAACAAUUGGAUUUUACUGACUCCGUAGAAUCAGGAUUGAACAAAACGGAAUUUUCAGAAUACAUCUCUUCACAUAUUGCAGACCUUAAAAGUGAAAUUUUUGAGGAACUUCUGAAGCAUCUUUGCCACUGUGCAGAUGAUUUCCGGGAGGUUGUAAAAGCUGACUUACAGAGACAGAUGUUUGCUGACCUCUUUCUAUAUUGUGACUCUGGGAAGGUAGGGGUUUUGGAUCGGCAGAGGACAUUGGCCUUGCUGGAAACAUUCUAUGAUAGACUUAAACGAAGGCGUAAGCAUUUACUCGGAAACCCAAGACAAUGGCCAUUUGUUGAAUUUGAAGAGAUAGACUUGCUUGAGUUCUGGGGAGACAUGGAUAAUCAGAAACAUAUUUAUGAAGACUUUGAUAAGGUGCUUUUAAGGAUGAAUGCAUUACUUUCUGAAAAACAUGACAGCAAAACUCAGAAUCAGUUAUCAGAAAACCAACAAGAACUUGAUGAACAGAGGAAAUCAAGCCUACCAGAACAGCAGAGAGUGACAACUGCAGAGCAAGGACCACAAAGAAUUUCAACUGCAGAACAAGAACCCUAUGAAGAACCAGACACAGAACAAGAAAAUAUCCCAGAGUCAAUUACAGAACAAGAGACAGAACAGAGACUACACAGAGGAUCAAUUAAAGGACAAGGACAGCACAAAGGGUCAGCACCCAGAAGGUCGACUGAAGGACAAGGGUCACGCAGAAGUUCCAUGAUAGAACAGGGAGCACCCAGAAGGUCAGUUGAAGAACAAGGAUCACGCAGAAGCUCCAUGACAGAACAGGGAACACCCAGAAGAUCAAUUGAAGGGCAAGGGUCACGCAGAAGCUCCAUGAUAGAACAGGGAGCACCCAGAAGGUCAGUUGAAGAACAAGGGUCACGCAGAAGCUCCAUGACAGAACAGGGAACACCCAGAAGGUCAGUUGAAGNACAAGGGUCACGCAGAAGCUCCAUGACAGAACAGGGAACACCCAGAAGGUCAAUUGAAGGACAAGGGUCACGCAGAAGCUCCAUGGUAGAACAAGAACCAAGAAGAGAGUCAGUUACACAACAAGGGUCACGCAGAAGCUCCAUGAUAGAACAAGAACCAAGAAGAGAGUCUGUUGCAGAACAAGGGUCACGCAGAAGCUCCAUGGUAGAACAAGAACCAAGAAGAGAGUCAGUUACACAAGGGUCACGCAAAAGCUCCAUGGUAGAACAAGAACCAAGAAGAGAGUCUGUUGCAGAACAAGGGUCACGCAGAAGCUCCACGGUAGAACAAGAACCAAGAAGAGAGUCUGUUGUAGAACAAGGGUCACACAGAAGCUCCAUGGUAGAGCAAGAACCAAGAAGAGAGUCAGUUACACAACAAGGGUCACGCAGAAGCUCCAUGGUAGAACAAGAACCAAGAAGAGAGUCAGUUGCAGAACAAGGGUCACACAGAGAGUCAGUUUCUGAACAAGGGAAGAGCAAAGCAUCAAUAACAGGACAAGGACCACGUAGAAUGUCAUCUUCAGAACAUGGAUCACGCAGAGGGUCAACAGCAGGACAAAGUCAGCACAAAGGAUCAACAGCAGAGCAAGGACCACACAAAACAUCAUUUUCAGAAUAUGGAUCACGCACAGAGUUAACAACAGAAGAACCACACACAGAAGAGCAUGAUCUAUAUGGAGAGAGAAUUCCAGAAAAACAAGAGGAUGUAGACUCAACUUCACCAUCAAGGGAAGUUAGAAUCUCUAGAACAAGUGCAGAAUCUGAAUAUAUUGAAUUCCCUUCACAAGAAAAGGAGCAACUGUAUGAAGAGGAAUUAUUAGAAGAACUACAAGAGGACCUUCCUACAUCCAGUAAAAAAGGUAUUUCAGCUACCACAGGAAAAGACAUUCAGAAAGACAGAUCCUGUGAACCCAAGUCCCCCAAAAUAGAAGGAAAAUCAUGGUCAGGUGAAUUUUUUGCUUGUAACUGGAGGAGGAAGUAUGUCAAAUUUGAAGAUGAGGAUCAAGCACACUUAAUCUAUAAUAACUCCAAGUUUACAGACCUACACCCGAUUAUCAGAAAUAUUCAGUCUUACAAGGAAAUAAGAGGGAGGAGUGCCUUCAAUGGAGUUUCCUUCAAUCUGCUCCAGUUUGUGCAGCUCCUAGAGACAUUUGUUGGUGAAGAUGCCCCCUUGAGUGUCAGCGAGAGUCUCAUUUCCUUUUUUAAGAGGGGCUAUUUUGAAACAAAAGAAGAGAAAAUGAGUGCCUUAGAACAGGUUAGACAAAAGGCUUUCCAAGUCCGCCGGGAGCUUCUUCUAGAAGCCCUCUUUCAGAAGUGGGACAGUGAUGGCUCAGGCUUCCUGGAUCUGAGAGAAGUUGAUGAACUCUUGUACACAUACAAGGAGGGAAUGGAAAGAGAAUGUAUGAAGAAAGCUAAACUACACUUCCAGUUUCCAAAGUCAUACCAUGGACAUGAAGUAAAGUUGUCUUCAAAACAAUUUCAGAAAUACAUAGAAUUGGUAGUAUCUGAACUCAGGGGCAAUGAAGAUCAAGUUAUGGAAAGUAUUGUGGAAUUUCUGAUGAAUUCUUUAAAGAGGAGCCAUAUUGAGGGUCUUAGGAAUUGUGCAAGACGAAAAUGGCUGCACCAAAUCCAACAUGCUGCAGAGACAAGUGGAGUGUCUGUGGAGCCAGUAUACACUGAGACCUUUAAGACCCUCACCCAGGAUGCUGAAGCUCAUGGAAAUAAGAAGAUUAGUGCUCACAUUUCCCUCUUAGAAGAAAAUGAACUAUUGCCUGAUCGAGGGUCUGUUCUACUGAGAAAUGUGGCUUGUACCCUAGAUGAUGCUUCAUUCGUACUGAACAGAGUACUUUACCGGGACAUGGAAGGAAUCAGCUUUUCAGUAGUGGAUGAAGGGAAGCCAGUCCAUGUCCCCCAAGUACAGUACCAUGGGAACAUCAUCUUCUGGAACCAUUCCCGCAAUAAGAAUGAUCGAAAUGGGUCAUUACUGGCUCUGCCUCUGCAUGAUGCAUAUAUGAGGAUCUUUGGGGUCCUGGCAGUUGACACACUUAGAGAUCCCCACAAAAUAAACAUCUUCUUACCUCAUGAGAUCAGAUUCUAUCAGGGUGUUGCCAAUGUCUUUAGCACUGCCUAUCACUACGUUCACAGCCGGGAGCACAUCCUUCAUAUUGUGAUCACUGGCAUUGGCUGGCUCUUCAAUGUCACAUCCAACAUCAUCUCCAUCACUACAUACUUUGUUGAGCCUAGCCCACACCAGGAUUCAGACUAUGUUUUACGCAAUAUGAUGGUUACAGGGAAGCUGGGUCUAACAAAAAUCCACACAAAUCCCCCUAUUACCUUCAGGAAAACAUGUGUCUUCAGCUUCAGAGAUUUCCUCUUCAAGUGUACAGACAGUUCAGAAGUUGUUCUGGCCUCUGCCCGUGGAGAAACCCAUAUAGUAAUUCCCCUUCGUGAGAGAACAGGAGAGGCUCUGGGAGCCCUUGAUGUUAACAUUGGCCAGACCAGGAUGUUGUUCUAUCAAGAAUAUAAAGAUCUACAGAAAAUGAUGAAGGUGAUCCAAGCUGCCUGCUAUGAAAUACUAGGAGAAUUCUCCGGAGAGAUAAAGAAAAACAUUGUCUUAGAGAUGGAAAAAGUUGGGGAAGUCCAACGAGCAGGAAUUAUCUUCUUCCGAAUCAUGCUGCAGGAACUGCAGGCAUGCCUCAAACUACUUAGUUCCAUGGACUUUGUGACACUGUUGCUCUACGAUCAUAAUACUCAGAUAGAGACAACAUCUUCUAAAGACAGCAAGGCCAAGGAGUUGAAAGCCCACGUAAACCUAGUGCAUGACAUCCUGAAGGGAGUUAUUUUAUUCUUUCAUACAGAUUUGGAAUCUGAACCUGCAAGUGAAUCUGAAUCUGAAUCUGAAUCAGAAGAUUGGGAUAAGGAUAAACUUUUUGUUAACAAAUAUUUAGUGGAGAGUAUUUGUUCCUUUGAUCCAACUGCUAGCCAUGUGGAAGUCAACGUACAGCUCAUUAAUAAAUAUAUCAAAGGUCAUUCCCGAAUUGAAGUAUGGAAAUUUGGUAAUACUGUCAUUGAACUUCUGUAUCACUGGAUACACGUCUGUUUAGCUCUUAUGCAACUAAGCAAAAAAGUUAAUAAUGCUAUUAUACCUCCAUUACCCUCCAAGUCUGACAGCAGUAGGUAUGCAAAAAUGCCUGGGGAACCUUUGCCAAAGAAAUAAUGUUAAUGGAAAUGGUACUGGAUUUAGAAUAUAUUGGUCAUUCAUGUUCAGUGUAACUAUAAAAUAUUUUCAACUGGGAAAGAAGUGCCACAUAGACAUAUUCUGCUCCUAGACAUUUACCUCAGCAUUUUCUAAAUCCAGAAGUACUACCUAAGGAGAAAAUUUAACUAAAAAAUAUCCAGUUAAUGUAGCCAUAAUCAAAAGUAUUUUAGUACAUCAUAGAAUAUAUCUGAAAGUUCCCUUUUCAUUUGAACUUUGUGUAUACCAUGAAACUACUAUAGAUGAUUGGGUGGUUACUUUUAAUAUGUUUUAAGGGAAAACUUAGGAAAAAAAUGGCAGUUUUUACAUCAAAAGGGAACCAAAUAAAGAUUUUAAGAAAUGGA